AUGAAUAUCAUCAAACAAAGAAGAUCUCAUGAGACUGUUGUGCGUCAUGUUCAAGAGAAGGUAAGUACGGCAUUGAAGGCAGUUUUUGUCAUGAUAAAAGAGGAAAUUCCUGACAGGAAAUCAGAUUCAGUGAUUGAUUUGAAGGUUAGUUUUAAGUUUAUUGAUUUCCUUUAAGAGACAGGUCGUCUCUUCUCGUAAUUGUUUUCUUGUUGGUUAUUUAUUAUUUAUGUGUGGCGUUGAUUCUUAAUUCACAGAUUUCCAAUGGUUGCUCAGAUCUGAAGAAAAGAGAUGGGAUUUAUAGACAUGAAUCCACUGCCACUGAGUUACAAAACUGUAUUUCUGAAGCGUGUGAGGAGGAUACUCUAAAGAGAAUUAAAGACAGUCCUUUGUCUGCCUGA